AGCGGCUAGAUGGUACAAGUUAAUUUGUAUGCACUACGUCACACUCGGUACUCCCUGUGAUCGAAUCCAUUCAUUACACUUUUUCCAACCGAAGCAUCAACGUGGUUCUUGUAUUAGAGGCGGAAACCAAGCACGUGGCCGAAGUUUUUCUCUCCCCUUUUUGGAUCUAUUCCCUACACAUAGCUUUUUGACAAUUUUUUCCUGCAUUAGGAAUGCCACCUAAAAAACGAGCAGCGACCCAGAGAUCUCCGGCCAGGGGGGUCGGGAUGAAACGUAAUCGUCGGACAACAGCUCAACUCCGGGAACGAAGUCCAAAUCACACGGCCACACCUUGGACGGAUCGACUAGCCCCUGCAGAGGGGCAGCCACAGCCCCCUGAGGAGGUCCCUCGAUUCCCAAUCGAUACAUGUACACCGGAUUACCCGGGUGAGUCUUGCAAUUUUUUGUUGAACCAAGCGGCAUAUUUACCCCUGGCUUUACCUUGUCAAAUUACAUCUACAUGCGAUGAUAUCGGCAGUCAUGUCCCACUUAAACUCAAGCAAAAAAUAUGGGAGGGGGGAUUUAUUGAUCUGUCUGUCCUACUCAAAUCUGCUACGGAAUUGGAGCAAUUUGAGUCCCACGGGGAUUUACAACUUGUCAAUGGCAAGCUAUGCGUAGUCAAGCGCCAACUUAACUCAUUUUUUAGCAUAGAAAAGUGGACAUCAGCCUUCAUGAUUUACAUGAGCAUUGUACUUCAACAUAGUCAAACAGCCCAAGAAAUGCUUAAGUACAUGCGAUAUAUAAGGCUUGCAGCUAAUCGUUCACAAAAUUGGCAAAAGUAUGACGACCAAUUCCGACUCCGUAAGGCCUCCAACCCUGCUAUGUCUUGGGGCAAAAUUCACAGCGAAUUCUGGUUGAUGCACAUAAACAAUCAAUCAAAUUUCUCUCAUUCCUAGAAGGUGUCAAGCGGUUUAUAGGUGUCUCAAUAUAUCAAGACUUCCUAUAUCUUACCAAUUAUUUGUUAAAGUCUUUCGUGCUUUAACAUCAGUAUGUCGCUCGCCUCUUUUCUUUUUUUUUUUAAUCAUGUCUUAUUUUUUUCAGCAGCCUUUUCAUUGGCAUUUUUACGGUUUGCGCAGUCAGUAAGUUUUGUCAUCGUCGAUUCCACAAGUUUCUCAAAACCAGCUAGGUCAAGCGUUGAUAUUUUCACAUAGGUCCAAGACCAACUAAACCGGCAAACCCCUAGUUUGUCAAAUUAUCUGCCCAACACUACUAAUUAAGGCAUAUUUAUAGCCCCCCUCCCAUUACUUAUAUAUUGCUCUUUUCAUGCGGAUGGCACUCCUACUACACGUUUUCAGUACCGAGAAGAUAUUGGUAUGUUGCCCAUAUUUGCAUGAUCAAAAUUCAUGGCUAGCCAGGUUAGAGGUUUGUACAUUGGACACAACCAUGUCAUCAAGGCUACUGAGAUUGAGUUGUUCCGAACAAAUGGCACUCGUUUGUAUGUCGGUCCUGGGAAAUCAAUUAUUUCUCAACAAUAUCAAGCGGCCUUGGAUUUUUUUUUUCUUUUUCUUUUUCUUCAAAUGUCAAGGUUUUUCUUUCCCGCCGCACAAGUAAUUUAUCUGUUCGUGCUUGUUGCUGUUUGCCAAUUGUGCAUUUACUGUAAUUUUUGUGCAACUCCAGUUUCAAGUACUGUGGUUUGGUCAAAUGACUUAUUCUUAUCCAUAUAAUUCUUUAUUGUAUUUUGAGUUUCACUCAGUUUUUAAUCCUACAAGUUUUUUGUGGGGGACACUGUUCCAAUGUCUGUGGCCGAACUGGGGAGUCGGUAAUGGUAUGUGAUGACUGUUUCUGCUCCAAAACCUGGUUGUUUCCCCCACCUGCUUCUAAAGCAGGGGGCAAUUUACAGUACUAAAAGUCGUACAAGUUAAAACAAGUAAACUUAUAGUGGGGCCACCACCGGGGACGGUUGGGCCCACAUCCACCUCACUUCAGUGAGGGGAUGCUACAGUCUGAUGCAUGUUUGGGGCUUAUGUCCAACAUGAUAAUGUACAUACCAGGUAGCACUGCAGGAGACAGGGUGAGAAGGGCGGGUCUCGCUUACCUCCUUAGAACGCUGUCGUCCGUUCAGGUCUGGGCACUGAAUGUUUUACUCGGGCCCCCCAGUGUACCCCUUACAAGUUAAGUUAAACUGGCUCACUGGGCGACUCCCCAGUUACCCCACAAAAUUUUCACAUGCGGCCGAUAUUGUCCAUUUCAGUAUAUCCCGAAUGUGUCAUUGCUGUUAUAUGAAUAAAUUGGUAAACGUU